CAUCAACCAGCUGCGCUCUGCCUUCCGCACCGCCAACCUCCCAGUCAUCUUCUUAAAGACAGUGUAUAAUGCCGACUACUCUGACAGACGCGGCCGCGGCCGCGGAGAUCGUCUGGAACUUCUCCAAGGCCUGAUGCGCGGGACUUGGGAUGCCGAUAUCCUCGACGAACUCAAACCUGAGCCCGAAGAAACAGUCAUCGACAAGACGAGAAACUCUGGUUUCUUUCGAACUUCGCUGGAAGAUAUCCUGAAGAAGUGCGGAGUCAAUCAUUUGAUCUUGACAGGGGUAGGGACGGAUGUAUGUGUCGAGACGACGGCAAGAGAUGCCUACCAGAUGGAUUUCGCCGUUACUACCGUCAGUAAUGCAACAGGCACAUGCAAUGAGCAAGACCAUUUAGCUGCUCUACACGCUCUUCGGAUGUUUGGCGGCACGGCGUCAACGGCAGAAGUGAUUGAAGCUUUGCAAAAGUCCUAGACCAUACAUAGAGACAAGAACCGGGGCAGAGAGGCUCUUAAGUUCAAAUUCAAGAACUCGAUAUGUGG